UGCCAUGUGCAAGAAUAAUCAUUUUCAUAUUAAAUCAUUUGUCUAGUAUAAUCAGUGUCUUUAAUAAAAGGAUCUGCAUGUGCUGACUCAGUCCCACACCAAUGUUUUUAGGUUUUGUAAACUCCAUUGACAAAUUCAAGUUCACUAAUGUAUGUUUACAGGAUAGAUGGCAGCUGUAGACAUGUAGUAGCCACACUGUUUGAGGUCAAUGACUUCCUGAAUGAUGAAUCAAAGACCACCUGUACAUCUAAACCCUGCACAUGGAAAAGGAGAGCCUGUGAAGCAGACAAAUUAUCCCAGCCUAUUCCUGCUGCUGUCCUAGAUACAUCUGUAUUAUCUUCAUCAAGCUGCCAGACAACAAGACCAAACUAUUGUCCUUUGGCUGAGGAUGUUCCUAAACCAGAUCCAGAUGUGUUUUUGAAGCAGUUACAGACAUUGUGUCCAAAUGCAUGCCUAGUAAAAUCUGUUUUUAAAACAACAGCUGCCUUAAUUGCUCAGCCUGCUCUAACAGUAAUAACACCAAUGCAAAAGUUAGCAUCAUUUGUUUCUUCACAUACAUGUAUUACUGAUACUUGCUCAUGUGCUACCAUAUUUUUGUAUUAUCAUUUACCUUACACUCCUGAGCAAUGUUCAGAAAUUGAAGAAAUAACCAGAGGUCAAUGUAAAAAUAACAACUGGCAUGUUUUAAGAAAAGGCAUUCUAACCUCCUCGACUUUUCACCAGAUUUGUUGUUCUACUGAUAUUACUAAGACCGCACAAAGUUUGAUCAAGCCUGGGUUAGAUGAAUCACGCUUGCCACUAGCUAUCUCAUUUGGAAGAAUGUAUGAAUCUAAGGCUAGAAAUAUGUUCCUUAAAGCUCAUAGAUUUAAACACAGACAUUGUAGUGUUGAUGUACCUGGUCUUAUUUUGUCUGAGGAUGGUUUAUUCCCUGGUCUGGCUUGUUCACCUGAUGGUAUUGUUACAUGCAAGAUAUGUGGCCAGUUUCUUAUUGAAAUAAAGUGUUCAUUCAAAUACAAAUGCUUCCAUCCAAAUAAUGCACUGAAACUUUCAGGUAUUUGUAUUGAAAAAGAUGGUGACAUAUUUCUAAAAAAGUCUCACAAGUACUAUUAUCAAAUACUGGGUCAGAUGGCAAUGACUGGCAUUACCAAAGCAUUCCUUGUACUUUACACACAUAAAGGGAUAGCUACUGUUAGUGUAGACUUUGAUAAAGAUUUUUGGGACUCUGUUAGAAAUAAAUUAAUUUCAUUUUACAGAGAUAGUUAUUUUCAAGUUUUAAAAGCAACAAUUGUGUAGUUUCAUCUCAGCAAUUAUUUCUUUAACUUUCUACUGUUGUCAAUGACAAAAUGUAGUGUUGAAUAAUGUUUUUAGGGUAUACUCUAUGAUUACAGGUCUAAUGCUCUGUUCAUGAAUUAAGUCAUUUUAUAGACCAUAACUGGAAAUGAGUCACUGAACCAAGUAGGAUAAACAUUUAUGCUUAGUACUGGUAAACAGUUUGGGUGACAGAAGCCUGGACUUUGCCAGUAAUUGUGGGUAGGUUUACUGACUACCAUGGUAUUGAAUAAAACACCAAAACAAACAAAGAAAACAUUAUUCUCGUUCAGCCAUGUUGUUUUAUUUUUCUCAUUAACAGGUUUGUUUCAAUGUAUAAGUCACAAGAUGUUACAUACAUACUAAGAG